AUGUCUAAUUACUAUAACGAAGUACAACCAACAGGGUUCAAGAAUAAUCCGCGAGGACGAGGAAAAAAAGAAUCGGAAGAAGGGUCUGAAGGAAGGGGGAAGAUUAAAGGUAAUUAUGUGACAAAUGGAGGAGGCAGUCUUAAGAAAGGGAACGGGUCAUUUAGUAAUAAUCAACAAUCUAUGUAUCUACCUCAAUAUAAACAGAAAUCGCUUUUGAGGAUUGAAGAUGCUGACACAAAGCAACAACAACAGCAAGAACGAGAACAUGUAACGAGGAAUCAAGGGGAAAUUUCACGACGUGACAAGGACAACGAAGCUCCACCAAGGAGAUUGAGUCGACUUAACACACCUCCUGAACAUUCCAGACCUAUUGCCAAUAACUCAUCGAAGGAAAAUGAAUAUACAAUCAACCUGAAGGAUGUUAGCGAAACAGGUGACAACCCAGACGAUGCUGUUGCUGCUGCUACUGCUGCUAUCUCAGAUUCAUACGGUUUCGACAACGGUGUUGCUUCCAGAUCUAAGCAAUCGAGGAAGAAGAAACACAAAGCAAAAAUGAAUGCAAAUUUGAUACUUUCACUAGGGCACAACGUUCAUCUGAAACCGUCGUCUCUGAUACUGCCAUCAGCGCAGCUACUGUUGCCAAAGAAACCAAGCGAUGCGCUCGUUGCAGAUAAAUCUGGAAUUUCACCAGGGGGGAAUCUACAGGUGGUGCAAAAAAGUCAAAGCCAAAAUCAAAAUCAAAAUCAAAAUCAAAAUCAAAAUCAAGAUCAAGACCAAAAUCAAAAUGAGGACCAACACCAAGACUAUGGUGUCGUUGGCAUUGGCGUUGGGAAUCCAUCACUUACUGAUAACUCUGCAUUUCAUCUUUCAGGUUUUUGCUCUCUAGGAGCACAGCAAGGCAGGCGACAAAGUGAGAACAAUGGGGGCUUUAGAAGUCCUGGGUUUUACGUGGAUGACGAACCAAGUAAAGUAGACGUGCCUAACGUAGGUGCUUCUGGGAAAAGAGUUCAUUCAUCAACAUUUACUAAAGUUAACACUAAGGAUAAUUUGCAUGAGGACUUUGUCUCAGAUGAAAGGAAACGUCAACGUUUAGAGAGGUUCAAAAACAAUAACGAGAUUUCCAAGCAGUCGAGUUCUGCAAAUAUAGUCAAUGAUGGUGAGAAUGGUGUCAUUAUAGGUACAAGCACCAAACUUGAAAAAACAUACCUCAGGUUGACCUCUGCACCAGAUCCUGCAAAUGUACGACCACAGAGAAUACUAGAGCAGAGUAUGGAUUAUGUUUUGGACAAGUACAACAAGAUGAACGAAAAAGAAGCAUACGGGUAUUUGAUCAGUCAGUUAAAAUCCAUUCGUCAGGAUUUAACUGUUCAGCAUAUUAAAAACGAUUUCACCAUUUCGGUUUACGAAGAAAAUGCGCGACUAUCAAUUAAACAUAAUGAUUUAGGUGAAUUUAACCAAUGUCAAACCCAGUUAAAAUUUCUAUAUCAUUUAAGAAGAAGAUCUGAGCCUUCCUUAUCCAAUCGGUAUAUUGGACAUGAAUUGGAAAUGAUGAGUUAUAAAGUGAUCUACAUGAUGAUUACUAAGAAUAAUAGUGAAAUUUGCAAAUCGAAAUUGAGCAUAUUACAAGACCUGAGGGAAAAAACUCAAAGAAGUGCACCAGAUCAAGACUAUUACCGAUUCAUACAAUCAUUAUUCAGAUGUAAUGAUUUCAAAAUGGGUAAUAAUUGUGUUAAGUUCUUUCGUGAACUAUUAUUGUUUAAGGAUUCACCAAAAGUCAAAUUGGCAUUACACAUGAUUGAUAGUUUUCUAUCUGAUCAGGUUCGGUUAACAGCGUUGGUGGCAUUGUGUGCCAGUUACAACAAUGUGACAUUAGCGUUCAUGAGAGAAUUUUUAGUCUUCCCCACAAUUGGUGAUUGUGAAUCACAUUUGGAGAAAUUGGGUUUAACGACGAAUUUCUUAAAAGGCCAAGUGUUUGAUGCAAAAGCAGCAAAGACCAUAGUUCGAGAAAAACAUUCAUUGCAUAAAAAAGUUGAUAUCAAAGGUCAAAAGUGA